GUGGCAGUAGUGCUGCUGGACUGCUCAGAAGGGGAGAACAGGACGGGCUGCGAGUGGAGAAGAGCGCCAGGGCACUGCACAGAGAAAGUAACACCAGUGGAUAAAAAAAGAUGUGCACCGCCCUUAGCCCAAAGGCCCGAGGCCCUGGCCUCUCAGAUAUGCAUCAGUAUAGUCAGUGGCUGGCCAGCAGACACGAAGCAAACUUAUUACCAAUGAAGGAGGAUUUGGCACUGUGGCUGACAAACCUGCUGGGAAAGGACAUAACAGCUGAAACCUUUAUGGAGAAAUUGGAUAAUGGUGCUUUGCUGUGUCGACUAGCAGAGACUUUACAAGAUAAGUUUAAAGAAAACUGCAUUGAGACCAAUAAGUUUGGAAAGAUAAUGCCAGUGAGGAAAAUUCCAUGCAAAGCUAAUGCACCUUCUGGAUCAUUUUUUGCACGGGACAAUACAGCAAACUUCUUAUCCUGGUGCAGAGAUGUAGGAGUGGAUGAUACUUGUCUAUUUGAAUCCGAAGGUUUGGUCCUCCACAAGCAGCCCAGAGAAGUGUGCCUUUGUUUGCUUGAACUUGGAAGGAUUGCUGCCAGGUUUGGUGUAGAGCCUCCUGGAUUAAUAAAGCUAGAGAAAGAAAUUGAACAAGAAGAAACACUUUCAACUCCUCUUCCAUCCCCUUCACCUUCUCCAUCAAAGUCAUCUGGCAAAAAGAGCACAGGAAAACUCCUGGAUGAUGCGGUAAAACAUAUUUCGGAAGAUCCUCCUUGUAAAUGCCCUAGUAAAUUCUGUGUGGAGCGGCUUUCACAAGGAAGAUACAGAGUUGGGGAGAAGAUCCUCUUCAUCAGGAUGCUCCACAACAAACAUGUGAUGGUUCGUGUAGGAGGAGGAUGGGAGACAUUUGCAGGGUAUUUGCUGAAACAUGAUCCAUGCCGGAUGCUGCAGAUCUCUCGGGUGGAUGGGAAAACAUCCCCAAUCCAGAACAAGUCUCCAACCAUCAAGGACAUGAAUCCAGACAGCUACUUAGUUGUUUCUGCCCAUUACAAAACCAAAAAGGAGAUUAAGUGAAAUUACUUUCUCAUUUCAUUGGGGACUCUGUAUAUGUAGGUCCACACUAUCUUCUUGAGUGUAGUCAAAUUAGUUGGCGCUUUAAAAGGACUUGUGAAAAUUACACACAGACUGGAAAUAGCAACCCAUUUUGUGGAUUGUUGAA